AUGGAUUAAGGGGUGUGUGUGUGUGUGUGUGUGACGAUGCCGUAUAUUUUCCAUACCUGCACCACCUGCUACAGCAAGGCAGAGGAGCCCCACCCAGGCCGCAGUUGCGUCUGUGCCCUAUGGGUCCAAGGCAGCGAACUCCGAGAUGCAGGGCCUCUGAAGCUCGCUGCCUUAGACUUUGCCACGGCGCCACGAGGGUGAGAAUACCUGCAUCCUGCAUCCUGCGGCCAGCGCCCGCGGCUCCAGACUCCAAAGUGGAGGCAGGCAGCGGUCAAGCUGCGAAGUGGGCGUGCGCGCGGCUGAUUGCAUGCUUCUUCCACCCUCAUUUUCGAUUCUUCCAAAUGACUCCAGUCCGCUCCUCCCAUUUGCCUCGACUUCUUCUCCCCCUACAAACAGAAGACGGUGGAAGCCUAGUAAAGAGGGCCAGCUAGCUUCCCAUUGCUCGGCGACUUCCAGCCUAAAUCAUGGCCAGUGGCGCCCAGUACCCCUUCCUGGGCAACGCGCCCUUGUCCCGUUACGAGCAGCUGAAGGAAGAGCAGGAGCUGACGCCCAUCGAGGCCAACGUGCCGGUCGCCACUACCGUGGUCCACAUGGGCCCCCCGCUCUACGUGACGCCUGCGAGCGACCAUAUUGUCUGGUCUCUCUUCACCACGAAGUACUUCAACUUUUGCUGCCUCGGGGUCAUGGCCCUGGCGUUUUCCGUCAAGGCACGGGAUCGCAAAGUGGUUGGUGACCAUAGUGGUGCUAGCAGCUACGGUUCCACUGCCAGAUGUUUGAAUAUCACAGCCUUGGUGCUGAGCCUCCUGUUCAUCACCAUAGCCAUCACUGUUACCGUGUAUUAUGUUACGAGGAUUUGAAACAUACAAAGGAAAGGCUACGAUGGCUGUUGAACCAUGUUGCAAGGCAGUUUCCCUUUCAAACCCUUGCCUUCUUUGUGCACAGGCUUGUACUUGGCUAACUCUUGUUUCCAUUCCGUUUUGAGGACCUUGCUUAGAGUCUAGGAUGGUUAUUCUGAAGCGUCUGUGUUUUCCAAGAGGGAGAUGCUCAUUUCAAGAGCUGCCUUCAUGCUGAGAAUUAUACCAUUAUAGACUUGGAUUUUUUAAAAUACUUCCUGUGGCUUAGUGGCCUUUCUCCACCUGAGAUACUAUUUUGCUAUUGAAUGUAAUCAACCUGUUGUCUUCUUCUUUUUUUACUGAAUUUAACCAAGAGAUUUUUCUGUGACUCAGUAAUGGGAGAGAGUUAAUGAUGAGAUCACUGCACAUAAAAUUCCUUUGAGAAGACCUGGUGAGAUGGUUUUCUAGACUCUGCUCCUGCUGUAAAGAAAGCAGAUUUUUUGCUUCAUAUUUUUCUAUUUCUCUGUAAUAAAAAUAUCUAUUUAGCACUCCUGAAGGAGGACAUUUGGGCAGUGCUAUGCUAAUAAAUUGUUUUACAAACAUCUCAGAAAAA